CAAUAGAUUUAGCCCAAGUAAGAUGAAACCGCUCCAAUACCUAUGGAAGCAUGAAAAACCCUAAAUCCUAACACCUCUUCGCUCAAUAUAUAUUCCGAUUCAGAGCAGUGGCGAUCACCGUAAGCGCAUUUUGCCUCCCAAUCGUCUCCUAGCCAUCUAUUAGCCAUGUCUACAAGUGAACUCGCCUGCGCCUACGCCGCCCUGGCUCUUCACGACGAUGGAAUCGCAAUCACUGCGGAAAAGAUUGCAGCCGUUGUAGCAGCUGCGGGGCUCUGUGUAGAAUCUUACUGGCCUAGCUUGUUUGCUAAAUUGGCGGAGAAGAGGAACAUUGGGGAUCUUCUUCUUAAUGUUGGAUGUGGAGGUGGCGCUGCGGCUCCCGUGGCUGUAGCUGCUCCUACCGCUAGUGCUGCUGUCGCUUCUGCCAUCGAGGAAAAGAAGGAGGAGCCAAAGGAGGAGAGCGACGAUGACAUGGGAUUCAGCUUAUUCGAUUAAGAGGCUUUCUUUAGUUUUGUAGGAUUUUAUUAGGAAACUAUUGGGUGGGUAGCUUAAUCUUGAUUUUCCGCUGUUGGUCUCAAGAUUUGUUUUUUUUAAUAGGCCGUUUUGAGUUUUGAUUUGCCUUCAAUGUACGAUGGUAACUGCAUCUUUUCACUCCUUUUUCUUAACUACACAUUGGAAUGAGAUCAAACUUUAUGAGAGGAAUUCUUUGGUUAAA